CCAACUAUUACCAAAUCAUAUCAUGGCAUCAGAGUUAAGGUUUCUUUCACAAACCUAGCCUUUUUUUAUCAGAAAACACAUUAUCUCUUCUUUUUCAGUCGACUAAUGCUAUGUCGCUCGAUCUCCUCGCCUCUAUUUUACCGGAGUCAAAUUUCUACUCUAGAACCAUCAUAAUCUUUACACCAAAAAAUUCACAGAUACAAACAACCAUGCAUGGUCUCUAAAUGUUCAAACCAUGCUUGAGGCCAAUAUCCUGUUGGGUUGGAAGGAGUUGCAACUCUUAAUGAUGAUCACGAUGGAAGGAGUUGCAACUCCUAAUCUUGCUUAUGCUUCGUGGAUCAUGAUUAACACUCAGAUUCAGGCAUGUCUUCUUCCCAUCAUCAUUCCUACCAUUCAUAAACAUGCUCCUAGCUUUAUCACCUUGUUAGAUGUCUUAGCAACAAGAGGGGACGCGAAUCUCCCCACUCUUGAUAGUCUAUUCAAAGAUGUUGAUGAAGCAGGACUGGAUAAUCUGGACGGGGACGAGGAGCCUACACCGCACAACAACGACGUCGAUGUGGAGGCAGGUGAGCCCGAGACCUCUCGAGGUCCAGAAAAAGAAGAAACAGCACCUCCUCUGGCCCCCAAAUCGAAAAAAGGUUUUAAAGGAAUAGUCGGUGGGCUUCUUGCAAAGAAAGGGAAGCGUGCUCAGCCUUCUGGGAGUUCAAGUGGUACAACAGUAAGCUCGCACAACGAACUUGCUAUGUACCAAGGGCUGCCAUGCGAUUACGACGAAGACGACGUGGAGUUUGACGUCCUCGGAUGGUGGAAGCAGAACGAACACAUGUUCCCAAGUCUCGCAAUGCUAGCAAGACAAGUGUUGUCCGUCCCGGUAUCAACCAUAGCAGUUGAACGAGAAUUCAGUGCUGGCGGCAACAUUCUAACCGACUACCAAAGUUGUCUUAACGCUGAAUCUCUUGAAACACUUGUUUGCAACCAAGAUUGGCUCUUGGCAAGACGUCGAGCUCAAGAGUCAUCGUACCAACUCGAUUCGGAGCAUUACAUGAAUGUAACUACAGAUGGAAGUUUGAGUUCUGAAGAAUAAGUUAUAAACUUUUUUUAGGUUA